GGCACCUGCUCUCUGGGACUCUGUGGAUGGCGUGGUGCUGCCUCUCCCAGAUCUACUAUCAGAGAGAGAAGCAGAGCUCAGAUCCUGCGGCUCCGCGCCCAGGCCCCUGCAGCCAGGCUCCAGGAGAAUCCCCUCAGCUGGGACGAGUACAGGGCCUAUGUCCCACAGCUGACCAGCUAUGGCCCCACCCCCAGAGGACAGCCCGAGCAGACACAGGGGUGGGAUCCUGGCAAGCCAUGUGGAACAAUAUCACUUCAUGCUCACUCUGGAGACUCUCUCCUCGCUUCAUGGCUUCAAGAAUCCAAACCUUAACUCCUUUAUUCAUAAGAAAUUAUAAGGACUUCUGCAAAAACAGACAGACAAUAUGGACACUACGAAAUAGUCUCUGCCAGGUUAUGAAAAAGACUGUCCUCACAUUGAAAUGUAAUACGAUUUCCCAUCGUUUUUUAAGUAACAAAGCAAGAUACAGACAGUAUACAAAAACCUUCCCUGUUUUAGAUGGAAGUAUCCCUUCUGUAUGUGAACAUGUGUUUGAAGAAAACUUAAGGAAUAGUGAGGCUUGUAUUCAAAGAUAUUCAGAGUUGCUUUGCAAGGUCAGUAAAGGAGGUGGAGAGAAUGCAAUCUUGCGUCAUACCCAAAGGAACAAGAAGUUGCUUGUUCGUGAACGCCUAAGAAUGCUUCUUGAUGAUGAACCUUUUCUUGAGCUGUCCCCUUUUGCAGGGUUUGAUUUGCCAUAUGGUGAUGUUCCUGCAGCUGGAUGCCUCACUGGAAUUGGAAAGAUCCGUGGAGUCUGGUGUGUCUUUAUGGCAAAUGACGCAACAGUUAAAGGCGGGACCAUUUAUCCCAUUUCAGUGAAGAAACAGCUAAGAGCUCAACAAAUAGCCGUUCAAAACAGACUUUUAUCGGUAUAUCUAGUUGACAGCGGGGGAGCAUUCCUACCACUACAGGCAGAACUCUUUCCUGACCAGUCUCAUGGUGGCCGAGUAUUCUACAAUGAGGCAAUAAUGUCUGCUAUGAAAAUCCCUCAGGUGGCGGUGGUGUGUGGUUCUUGUACAGCUGGGGGUGCCUACGUUCCCACCAUGGCAGAGGAAACUGUGAUUGUAGACAAAAUCGGUAGUAUGUUUCUUGCUGGCCCCCCUUUGGUUAAAGCUGCCACAGGAGAAGAUAUCUCUCCUGAGGACCUAGGAGGAGCCAGUAUGCACUCUAAAGUCAGUGGCUGUGUUGACCAUUUUGCAUCUUCAGAAAAGGAGGCAUAUGAAUGUGUUAGAAAUAUUAUUUUGACGCUAAAUUAUGAACUUCCACCAGAGGAAACUUUAGAGUAUGAUGAUCCUCUGUACAGUGCUGAAGAGCUUCUGGGGCUUGCACCACGAGGUUAUAGCUAUACUCUACAUAUAAAACCGAUUUUGAGCCGUCUGAUAGAUGGAAGCAGGUUCCAGGAAUUCAAAGCUGAAUAUGGAACAACAUUAGUAACAGGAUUUGCCCAUAUGGAAGGACACCUUGUUGGGAUAGUGGCUAACAAUGGUGAGCUGACUCAUGAUGCUUCUCUAAAGGGCAGCCACUUUGUACAGCUGUGUAGUCAGCGAAGCAUUCCCAUCCUGUUUCUCCAGAAUACUGCUCCUCAUGCACCAGAGCCAACAAGUCUCUCACAGGCAGAGGAUCACACCAAUAGAUUAAAGGCACAGGCCUCUAUGAUGGCUGCAGUUGCUUGUGCUGCUGUGCCCAAGAUAACCCUUGUAAUUGGUGGCUGUUACGGGAAUGAAAGUUAUGCCAUGUGUGGGAGGUCAUUUGAUCCAAACUUCCUGUUCCUGUGGCCUAAUGCAAGAGUUGCCCUUGUGGAUUCAAGACAUAUUUCCACAUUCCCACAAGCUAGAGAUGACGACUGCACAGGAGAUGACUCAGAGUUAAUGCAUCUAAAAGAAAAGCUAGAGGAAGAAAGCAGUGCAUUUCACUCCUCUGCUCGACUCUGGGAUGAUGGCAUAAUACUGCCACAGAAUUCUAGGAAGGUGAUUGCACAGUGCUUAACGAUUAUGAAACAGCAGAAGUACCAGAUCGUAUCUCUGCAACACAACCCUGUUAUCAGACUGUAAUCAAACUACCAUUUGCAAAUAAUUGGAUUUUUAAGAAUGCCAACAUACAAUUUUUUUAAAUGGAAGUGAUUUUCUAACAGUUUGAUACCUUUAGUAUAACUUGAAUUAGUUCUAGAAACUGUCAAUAUACGAAAAGGAAGCUCAGAUUUCAGGCUGUUUGGAUUAGGUUUGUAUUUUGAUCCCUCUUGCGCUAGCAAAUUUGAAAAUUAUAUUGUAUGAAAAGAAAAAAGAAAAUGCAAUUAAUAAACUUUUGGAUUUUGACACUU